AUGAAAGCUCAAGCAUUGGCAGAUCAUUUGGCAGAGAACCCUAUUGAUGAAGAAUAUGAACCGCUUAAAACCUAUUUUCCAGAUGAAGAGAUAUCUUGUAUCGAUGAAGUUAUUCACGAUAACGAUCAAGGUUGGAAGUUAUUCUUUGAUGGUGCCUCUAACAGGAAAGGAGUUGGAAUAGGAGUUGUUCUUAUGUCUGAAUUAGGGGAAUAUUACCCUAUAUCAGCCCAACUUAGAUUCUAUUGUACUAAUAAUAUGUCUGAGUAUGAAGCAUGCAUUUUGGGUCUGAGGUUAGCUGUUGACAUGAGCAUCCAAGAAUUGUUAGUGUUAGGAGACUCAGACUUACUAGUUCAUCAAAUUCAAGGAGAAUGGAAAACUCGAGACCCAAAGCUGAUACCAUAUCAACAUUGUUUACAAGGUCUUUGUCAACGAUUCGUGUCGAUAAAGUUUAGACACAUUCCCAGAAUGCACAAUGAGAUUGCAGAUGCAUUGGCCACUUUGUCUUCGAUGCUCCAACACCCUGAUGACGCCCAUAUCGACCCUUUAUACAUACAAAUUCGUGAUCAACAUGCCUAUUGCAACAUGAUUGAGGAGGAAUUUGAUGCCAAGAAAAUACUUCGAGCAGGAUAUUAUUGGCUCACCAUGGAGCGGGAUUCCAUACGAUUUGUUCGUAAAUGUCAUGAAUGUCAAAUACAUGGUGAUUUAAUAUAUUCUCCCCCUUCUGAGUUGCAUGCAAUGUCAGCUCCAUGGCCUUUCGUGUCAUGGGGAAUGGAUGUGUUUAGACCGAUAGAACCAAAAGCAUCGAAUGGUCACAGGUUCAUCUUGGUGUCCAUUGAUUAUUUUACAAAGUGGGUGGAAGCAGUAACUUUUAAAUCAGUGACCAAGAAGGUCGUGGUGGAUUUCAUCCAUUUCAACAUCAUCUGUCGUUUUGGUAUUCCAAAGGUGAUUAUAACUGACAAUGCCGCAAAUCUCAACAGCCACUUAAUGCAAGAGGUAUGCCACCGAUUUAAGAUUGAGCAUCGAAAUUCGACUCCGUAUCACCCAAAGGCAAACGGGGUUGUAGAAGCUGCUAACAAAAAUAUAAAUAAGAUACUUCGUAAGAUGGUGCAAAAUUCUCGACAAUGGCAUGAAAAGUUGCCUUUUGCUUUGUUGGGUUAUCGCACUACAGUCCGUACGUCAGUGGGCGCUACCCCAUAUUCACUGGCAAAUUUUCUGCAAAUUGGAGAGGACCAUUCGUUGUUAAAAGGGUAUUUAUCCAAUGGUGCUCUUUAUUUAGCAGAUAUAGAAGGCAAAGUGACAGAAACGGUCGUCAAUGCCGAUGCUGUGAAAAGAUAUUACAUAUGA